AAAAGCGGUGUGGUUUAACAAAGCGUAUAUAAUUGUAAAAGAAGAUAAGAAAGGGGGAAAGAAAAUCGUAGGUUUGGACUGAAACCCUAACUCCACUCGACCGUGCCCAAUUUGAUCGCCGCCGCUGAAUCAGUGGAUUAUUUUCACUUUUGUUUCCUCCCUAAAAGAUUGGGUACCUGCUAUGCGAUAUCUUAAUAUCGUCACUGGAAAAAUAUAUGAUGUCUGAAGAUGCUGGAUCUAUGUUGGUAGUUUAUGAUGAUCCCUCGGACCAACGCUCACUAUCUUUGGAUGAUGCAAGCAGCACUGAGGAGUCACCCGAUGAAACGAGGCUCUCCUUGGAAACAACACAUGAUGCUAUUCCAUACAUUGGCCAAAGGUUUGCCACUCAUGAUGCUGCUUAUGAAUUCUAUAGUGAAUUUGCCAAAAGGAGUGGCUUCUCAAUUAGACGUCACCGUACAGAAGGAAAAGAUGGUGUUGGAAAAGGACUUACUAGGCGCUACUUUGUUUGUCACCGUGCUGGCAACACUCCUGUCAAAACAUCAACUGAAAGCAAACCUCAAAGAAAUAGAAAGUCUUCUCGCUGUGGGUGUCAGGCUUAUAUGCGUAUUAGCAAAACAACAGAAUUUGGAGCUCCAGAAUGGCGUGUGACUGGUUUUGCUAACCACCAUAAUCAUGAACUUUUAGAACCAAACCAAGUUCGAUUUCUCCCUGCAUACAGAACUAUCUCGGAUGUUGACAAAAAUCGAAUACUAAUGUUUGCCAAAACAGGAAUUUCUGUUCAUCAAAUGAUGAGGCUUAUGGAGCUUGAGAAGUGUGUGGAACCUGGAUAUUUGCCUUUUACUGAAAAAGACGUAAGGAAUUUACUCCAGUCAUUUAGGAAAUUAGAUCCAGAAGAAGAAAGCUUAGAUUUAUUAAGAAUGUGCAGAAAUAUUAAGGAGAAAGACCCUAAUUUUAAAUUUGACUACACACUUGAUGCAAACAAUCGUUUGGAGAAUAUUGCUUGGUCUUAUGCUUCAUCAAUCCAAUGGUACGAUAUCUUCGGUGAUGCAGUGGUGUUUGAUACAACACACCGGCUGACUGCUUUUGACAUGCCGCUAGGGAUAUGGGUUGGAAUAAAUAAUUAUGGAAUGCCUUGCUUUUUUGGCUGCACACUUUUACGGGAUGAAACUGUGAGAUCGUUUUCCUGGGCACUAAAGGCUUUCUUAGGGUUCAUGAAUGGAAAGGCUCCACAAACUAUAUUAACCGACCAAAAUAUAUGUCUCAAAGAAGCACUAUCCACAGAAAUGCCUACAACAAAACACGCUUUCUGCAUAUGGAUGAUAGUAGCAAAGUUUCCAUCUUGGUUUAAUGCUGUUCUAGGGGAACGGUACAAUGAGUGGAAGGCUGAAUUUUAUAGACUUUAUAAUCUUGAGUCAGUUGAGGAUUUUGAUCUAGGUUGGAGGGAAAUGGUUUGUUCUUUUGGGCUGCACUCCAAUCGGCACAUGGUUAAUUUAUAUAGUUCACGCUCUCUUUGGGCGUUGCCAUUUUUGAGAAGCCAUUUUCUUGCUGGAAUGACUUCAACUGGUCAGUCAAAGUCAAUCAAUGCUUUCAUUCAACGAUUUCUGAGUGCACAAACUCGCCUUGCACACUUUGUUGAACAGGUAGCUGUUGCUGUGGAUUUUAAAGAUCAAACUGGAGAACAACAAACCAUGCAGCAGAAUCUCCAAAAUGUUUGCCUCAAAACAGGGGCCCCUAUGGAAUCACACGCUGCCACAAUCCUCACUCCUUUUGCCUUUUCAAAGCUCCAAGAACAACUUGUACUGGCUGCACAUUAUGCAUCGUUUCCAAUUGAAGAUGGUUUUCUUGUGAGGCACCACACCAAAGCUGAGGGAGGUCGGAAAGUUUAUUGGGCCCCUCAAGAAGGAAUUAUAAGUUGUAGCUGCCAUCAGUUCGAGUUCACUGGUAUUCUUUGUCGGCAUUCUCUUAGAGUUCUUUCAACAGGAAAUUGCUUUCAGAUUCCAGAUGGAUAUCUUCCUAUUCGAUGGCGUCGCAUAAGCAUGCCCUCUUCUAAGCUUCUUCAAAGUGCGCCAAACGAUCAUGCCGAGAGAGUUAAGUUACUACAAAACAUGGUUUCAUCUCUGAUGACAGAAUCUGCUAAAUCUAAGGAACGGUUAGAUAUUGCAACAGAACAUGUUUCUAUCCUUCUGUCUCGCUUAAGAGAGCAACCAAUUUCUUUGCAAGGUGGUCGAGAGUCCCAGAAUUAGCACACCUCACACAUACAUGAUCUUUACCAGAGUCCCAUAAGGGCCGCAUUUCCAAGUUAGAUGUUCUGGCAAUAAUUCCUUCAUCUAAAAGGCUAGCAUUGUCUCUACGAAAAUGAAAAAAUGAAGAGAAUUGGAGAUGGUUCCAAAGAAGUAAGCUUACAAGUUAUAUAUAAAAAAGAAUUUCUCCCCCCAAAAUAACAAACCUUGCAAGCAUUUGAUUUUGAAUCUGGUAUUGUAUGAAUUAGUCCCCAUCGUGCUAA